CCUUCUUCCUCCUCAAGAAAUUCCUUAACCCCUCUCUCUCUCUCUCUCUCUCUCUCUCUCUCUAGAUAGAAAGCUCCCAUUUUUCUCUCUCUUCUCGCCAUUAGAGGGCAGACCCAGAUCAGAGAAGAAGGAGGAGAAGAAGAAGGAAGGACCUUCCGGCUCCCUCCUCCGACAUGGCCGACAAUUCCAGACCUCCGGUCACCGGCUACCCCGCGCCGCCGCCGGGCGCCUACUCCAACGGCUACCCCCCGCCGGGGCCCCACUCCAACGCCUCCUACCCUUACGCCGCGCCCCGCCCCCAGUACGCCAACUACCAGUACUACACCCCGGACCGGCGCGCCGCCUUCCUCCGCUACUUCCUGGUGGCGAUGAUCGCCUUCUUCGUCAUCAUCGGCACCGUGCUCUUCAUCGUCUGGCUCGUCCUCCGGCCCCGCCUCCCCGAGUUCCGGGUCGAGUCCGUGGCGCUCGCCAACUUCUCCGUCUCCAACGCGUCGCAGCACGUCUCCGGGGACUGGCUCGUCCGGUUCCAGGUCGCGAACCCUAACAAGAAGAUGAGGAUAUCCUACACCGACAUUGAGUCCUACAUCUACUACAAGUCCGACUACCUGAGCGCGACGCGGCUGCCGCCGUUCGAUCAGGGGACGAGGAACCAGACGGUUGUGCAGGCGAGUUUCGCGGCCGUGGACUCGUAUGUGGACGGUUGGGCUGUGAGCGGCAUAAAUACGGAGAGAGCGAGCGGAGCCGUGAACUUCCAAGUGAGGCUCAUCGCCUUGGCUCGCUUCAAAGCUGGAUGGUGGCGCGCGCGGCGGAGGUUGAUUAGGGUUCUCUGCAGCAACCUGGCGGUGGGGCUUCCGGCGAAUAACGGAACGGGGAAGUUGACCGGCGGAGUGAGAGAUUGCAGGGUUGGUCUAUGAGGUUGGGUUUCGAACAGUGUGCAGCGUGCUCCUGCCUGUAGAGCAUCUUAGUGGGCAUUGUCUCUCGCAUGAUCCGGAAGAUGAUUUUGGGCUUCCUCCUGUUCUGCUCAUGUUGUAUGAUUCACUUGUAGCCUGUGAACCUAAAAAGAACCUUAUUUUGUCCAUAACUUGUUGCAUAGAAGCACAGUAACUGUGCACGCCAUCUCAAUGUUGAGUCGGCGUCCAUUUCAUCGAUGAAUGGCCGGUUGAAUUGUUUU